GAUCUAGAGAUUUUGUUACACUUUGUAAUACUAGUAAUACCUCAGUAGACAGGAAUUAGAUACCGAUAUAACGCAGGUCUUGCAUUUUCCGUUGGGCGCCACUUGUUAGGACACAAGACUCUUCGAAAUAAUAAUUCAUUCUCAGGUUAUUACUCUAUAAAUACUUUAAUAUUACAACAAGUUAUGUAAAUACGAACAUUUCAUUUUUCUUCCUGUCAAUUUCUCCCGGCUUCCCCUUUUACUCAUCCCUUCCAUUCAUUACACAAAUUCGCACCAUUAUUCAUGCACACCGUGCUGCGCUACGACCGUAACAACUAUAAACAAUAGAUAACUAUAUAGACUAUAAACAAUAGAUAACUAAGUAAUCUUAUAUUUUCAUAGUUCAAAUUAUGGUCUUUCCCCUUUUUUUUAUAUAAAUGCUUUUAAAAAGGGAAUAUGGUAAAAAUUCACUUAGCUAUGCCUUUCUUUCUCCCCCAUGCUCUCAACUGGUCCAGUGAUAGGAUCACAGCAUAUUGAGAAAGCUAAAAGCACGAAAUGGUGCUAAACAAAAACAAUAGAAAUUAGUGGUGAAAAAGUUGCUUGUGGCCACUGCUUGCUGUCUUGGCAUGAUGCUACUGCCUGGGCUUUUUUUCAACCCAGAAAAACUUAACUCUCCAGACUUUUACUCUUGGAGUUUUGCCUAUAAAGUUCUCUUCAUCUUAGGAGCAAUGACUAUAGCUAAACAGAAGUAUUACUUUGCUUGGAAACUAGCUGAUGCUGUGAACAAUGCUGCAGGGUUUGGGUUCAGUGGCUAUGACCAGCAUGGUUCACCCCAGUGGGACCUGACAGAUAAUGUGGAUAUCUGGGGAGUAGAGGUAAAACAAGCAUGCCGCUCUAUUGAGUUCAGACAGUAACACUGGGGAGUAGAGGUAAAACAAGCAUGCCGCUCUAUUGAGUUCAGACAGUAACACUGGGGAGUAGAGGUAAAACAAGCAUGCCGCUCUAUUGAGUUCAGACAGUAACACUGGGAUGGAAAGUUUCCCAAAAUUUCACCUGAUCCAAUUUUUCGGACUUUUAAAAAAAUCUGGUUUUAUUAUUUUUUCCAUUUUUAGAAAAAUUCAAAUUAAGACUAGCUUUGUUUUGUACAUCCGAUAUCGUUCUAUUUACGCAUAGAUCUAGUUCUAAUUUUAAACCAUCUCCUUUUCCCUAAAGAAUCUAAGUCUUAAAGUCUUUGAUCUAGAUCUUCAGUGUUUUGAAUCAUUCUAGAUAGAUCUAGAUAAGAUGUCUGGAUCUAAAUACUUUCUUUUGAAUACUCUUGAUUUAGAAUCUAGAUCUUAGACCUUGAUUGGUUGCCUGGAUGUGGGGUGUGCCCGGCUCUGGAAGCCUAUGGCUUAUCAGUAUCAUGCCUUAGUAUGGCACUUUCCCUUUGCACAUCUUGAACUAGCUAAGAUCUAGACUAUAAAAGUAAAGUUCCCCUUUCAGACCUUGUGGUCUGUAGGGCAGAUGAUGAGGGGUCAUCUGUUUCUGUGGCCUAUGUUUAACAAGAUCUAGACUAUAGAUCUAGAUUAUUGUCUAAAUCUAGAUUAGAAGAAUUAGUGAAACUAAAAGCUAAGUCUAAAUCAAGAUGGCUAUCUUAUGCUGAGAAAUAUUGAGUAGAUAGAGAUUGAUAGAUUAGAUCUCUCUAACAACUCUAGAUGUAGAUAAAAUUUCAUUCACAAUGGAGGAUUAUGAAAACAUUUAAUGAUCACAAAUCUCCUAAACAAAUGUACAGAUUAGCACCUUGACUUAGAUUAGAUUAGUAGAUAAUGGACUUAAAAUCUAGAUUUUCUAGAUGUAUAUCUAAUCUAAACUAAUAGAGAGCAAUAUAUUGAAAGAAAAAACAUUGCUAGUUAGUCCACUCUUUUUUUUGUUGUCAGUCAUUGAUCUAGAAAUGCCCUUUAUAUAGAGAUAACCUCCACAAAGCAUGUUCUAUAGAGAUCUCUUCAUCUCUC